UUCCCUCUAAUCAGUCUCCAUUAAGAAUGAACCCAUACUUGCCCAGAUGACCUCUUCACCCUUCGUCCUGCUUAGCACAAGCUCCUAUUGGCUCUUCCUUUUCUCAGUAACGUCCUGGCCCCUGCUCUUGUCAUUAGCGUUUGCACGCCUUGCCUUCCGUCCUCGCGUCCUAUCAGGUGUUUCCCAUCUCUCACGAGAAAUUCCACAUGCUUUCCGACAUGGAAAUGCAAGUCUCCUACUCCCCACUUCCGCCUCCUCCCCCACACACCCCUAGUCCUUUUCAGCCGACCCCUCCCCAAUCCUCUUCCCAGAGUGCACACAUCGGCUUCUCCUUACUUAACCUGUAUAUGUGUCUCCUAUUCAGCAUGAAUCCUUCAGCCAACCGCUACCUGGUGUCCCGGCCCAUCUAUUCCAACCAGGAGUUUGAGCAGGAUAACGAGCGUAACGUACAGGAGAGUGCCACCUGGUGGGAGCGGCUUGGCAGGUCCUGUGGAUGCACAGAUAAGACAGCUCUGAGACUGCUUAAACGGAUCUUCCCAGUCGUGGAUUGGAUCUCCAGAUACCCAAUCAGGGAGUGGCUGCUCAGUGAUGUCAUCUCUGGAGUCAGCACAGGGCUGGUGUGUAGCUUGCAGGGCUUGGCAUAUGCUCUGCUGGUGUCUGUGGCCCCUAUCUACGGGCUCUACUCCGCCUUCUUCCCCAUCCUCACCUACUUCCUGCUAGGAACUUCCAAGCACAUCUCUGUUGGACCAUUUCCAGUAACCUGCCUGAUGGUGGGCUCCAUGGUAUUGACCCUUGCCCCUGAUGACAACUUCCUGCUUCCUCUGAAUGACACCAAUAUGAACCGGACGACUGUAGAUGUGGAGGCCAGGGAAGCACAAAGAAUUUUGGUAGCCAGUUCCAUGACAGUGCUGAUCGGUUUGUUUCAGGUGGUAAUGGGGCUUCUGCAGGUGGGCUUCCUGGUGCGAUACCUGUCAGACCCUCUUGUUGGGGGAUUCACCACAGCUGCUGCCCUCCAUGUGCUCGUCUCCCAGAUGAAGACCAUCCUUUCCGUGCAAACCGGUAACCACAAUGGAGUCUUCUCCAUUGCAUAUAUACUGACUGAUGUAUUUAGAAACAUCAGGCAAACCAACGUGGCUGACCUUGUGGCAGGCCUGUUGACCAUCGUCAUAGUGAUGGCGGUGAAGGAAGUCAACACCAAGUUCCAGCACAAGAUCCCGGUAUCCAUUCCUAUUGAAGUCAUUGUGACCGUGAUUGCCACUGGGAUCUCCUAUGGGGUAAACCUGGACUCGCGCUAUGGCGCCAGCAUUGUGCGCAGCAUCCCCGCGGGGUUCACUGCUCCUCGUCCUCCUGAUCAGAGCCUCUUCUGGCAGAUGCUGGAAUCAAGUUUCUCCACGGCUGUGGUGAGCUACGCUCUGGCUGUCUCAGUGGCCAAAGUCUAUGCUGCCAAACAUGACUACAUCAUCGAUGGCAACCAGGAGCUGAUAGCAUUUGGCAUUAGCAAUAUCUUCAGCGGCUGCUUCUCCAGCUUUGUGGCCAGUACAGCCCUGUCUCGCACUGCAGUGCAGGAGAGCACAGGGGGAAAGAGCCAGGUCGCUGGCAUGAUCUCGGCUCUCGUGGUCAUGAUAGUGAUUUUGGCACUCGGUCACCUCUUGGAACCUCUGCAGAAGUCGGUGCUGGCUGCCAUCGUCAUCGCUAACCUCAAAGGAAUGUUCAAACAGGUUCUGGACGUUCCGGUUCUGUGGCGGCAGAACAGAGCCGACUGUGUGAGUCCCUGGCAAACUGGAGCAGGACCCAGCAUAACACAGUUGAUUCCUCUAAUCUGGAUUGCCACCUGCCUGGCAUCUGUUGUUUUGGGGCUCGAUGUUGGUCUGCUGACUGGCCUGGUCUUUGAGAUGGGCACCAUUGUCAUCAGGACUCAGUUCCCCACAUGUUCAACCCUUGGGAGUGUUCCUGGUACCGACAUCUACAGAAACAAGAAGGACUACAAGAGUGUUGUGGAGGUGGCUGGAGUGACGAUCUUUAAGUGCAAUGCGCCCAUCUACUUUGCCAACAUCGACUACUUUAAAGAGCAGCUCAGAACAGCGGUUGGCUUUGAUGCUGUCCGUGUGUUCAAGAAGAGGAACAAGGCACUGUACAAGAUCCAAAAACUGAUUAAGAAGGGCCAGCUGAAGCCCACUGAGAACGGGGUCAUAUCUGUGAGCACGCUGGGCCAGGACAACCAGGGCUUUGAGGGUGAGCAUGUGACGGCACCCCCACAUGGAGAGGUUGAAGAGGCCUUCCGUGUGGACUGGACUUCGGAGCUACCGGUGCCAGUGACGGUGCCUAAGGUCCACAUCCACAGUCUGGUGCUGGACUUCUCUGCCGUCUCCUUUCUGGAUGUGGUGGCUGUCAAGGCCCUCAGAAUGGUAAUUAAAGAGUUCAUUAGGAUCAAAGUCAAUGUCUUCAUUGCAGGCUGUGACGAUGAAAUGGUCCGGAAUUUGGACUCGCUGGCCUUCUUUGAUGAGGUGGUGACAAGAGACCUCCUCUUCCUGUCCAUUCAUGAUGCAGUCCUCUUCAUCAGACUACGAAGGCUGAGUCAUGGUCUGCAGAAUCCCAUUCUGGAGAAGGCAAGUAGCAUGUCCGGUAUUCUUAUGGUGCUGGGUGUACGGCAGGGAGCGAGAUUCUGGGUGUGCCCCCACCCAAACACCGUGCAUUGUCCAAUGAGAGCAGCAAAUGUUGACCCUACAUUUCAGAAUUAUAAAGAAGUCAACUAUUUCACCAAAGCAGAGGACCUGACUGAGACCUAUGACACCCAGAACAGAGUAAGUCUUCCUUUGCAGUAUUUCAAUUCAUUUCUUUCACUUUCAUCUUUACUUGUUUUUUUUUAUUCUUGAGAAUUUGCACCGAGAUGUAUGCAACCUGUCAGUCAAGAGAAAUCCAGUAUGUCUGACCAGUAGUGAGCUUAUAUAACAUAUAUUUUUAUCAUGUGUUCAGGUUCUCUUACGAAAUCCAGUUCUCUCCAUUGUUUUCUACUUAUACAACCCAGCUCUUAUAUUUCUAGGUUCCCAGCUCGCCUCCACCUGUGUUUUAACAAAAAAAAAAUCGUUUGACACUGGAUCCCAAGGGCCUCCUGUGACUUCAGGUUCUGCAGCCUAGCAAGAUUCCUGUUAGCUUUUCUCUCUUGUUCCUAGGCGAUCUACGGCCUAUCCUAGUGAGGACUAGGUGGGCCAAGACAUUCUUCAGAACGGCGCCACAGUCUGUGCAUUGUCUUUUUUGAUAACUACAGACACCUUUCUCAUCUUAACUGUCCCACCUGGAAAAAGCGUGUCCUACUGACCCACAGAGGAAGGGGCAGGAACACAGAAGGCCUGCUCUUUCGCCCAGGAUGAUGGGAAGUUUUCAAAAGCCAAGUGUGAACUCUGAAAAUGCAAUUCAUUGAAGUAAAAAAAAACAGCUGAUGUAUCUUUUAGACAGAAGAGCUGUUAACAAGAAGCACUUUAGACUGUCUGUAUAAACAGCCCAUUUCCUACAGCAAGGUCUUUCCUGAUUGCUCUGUGUUAAGCCUGUACAGAGAGAUGUAAACAGCCUUUCUGAUUUGCGCAAAAUUGGUAUUAGCCCAAAGAAGGGCGUUUUCUGCCCAGGGGUGGUUUGGUGACAGUGAGGGAGAGUUUAUCCUGUUUACAUGCAGGUCCAAAUUUCAUGCCCUUGCAAAACGUCUAACAGAACUACGUCCUCUUUUCGGUUACAAUUUCUCUUAAACGGUCCUACCAAAGCAGCCUCCGUUUCUAUCUAGGGAUCCCCUGGAUUCCCCAGGAUUUCCACAAUAUACAGUAACACACUACAUGUACCACUGACUUCUGUGGGGAAAAUGCUGGCAAUAAGUCGAGCCUAAUACCACAGAAGUCUUAUUGGAUUGCGUUUGGGAUUUGUAAACACUGUCACAUUCCUU